GAAGGACUUUGGGACGCCUCCUCCCUCGUUUGCUCAUGGGUCUUUCGGUCCUCUGGGACACUCUAUAGAUCCCAUUUGUAUACGUCGAGGCCGCGCGAAAGGGAGAGAGAGAACAUCUCCAUCUGCAAAACCACCUACCGAAAGACUACAGGCCGAACAUGCUGCAGCCACAGUCGCCUCCAUCCGUGCCCGCUGCCGUCAUCGACAGCAGGCGCAUUCGCAAGCGGGCCACGGACCGGAAGUCACAGAAGAAGCACCGCGAACGUCAGAAGUCAUACAUUAAGCAGCUCGAGGCCUCGCUCGAGUCACUCGCCUCGUGCAAGGACACCGAUGAGCGCAUGGUCACCCUCCUAGCCGCCAGGGACCAGUACAAGUCCCGCUACGAGGAGGCCAUGUCCCGCAUCAACCGCAUGCGCGACAUCCUCUGCGCCGCGGACCAGGCUGCAGGCGAGUCGUCCGUCAUGCACCUAUUUGACUGCUCGUCCAUGCCGUCCUGGUUGGUAACACAGCCCUCAUCUGCCGGCGGCGGCGCCACUCCGCCGGGCCUUGAGAUGAACGCCCUCGAUCUUGUCCUGACCCCAGCCACUUCCCUGGCCGACGACGUGGCCAUGGCACUGCCCACCAUCCUGCCCAAUAACGACAAUGCGAGCCACAAUGGCCAUGACACGACGAGCAUCGCCCACUCGCUGGCAGACAUGCUCACUAUUGACUACUACGACAACGCGGGCGGCUAUGGCAGUAUUCAGCCAUCGCUCGGCCCUACCACUUUUGACAACGAGCCGCCGCCGGCCCUCCGCAUCCCCGUCAGCCUUGACGGUGUUAUCGGAGACCACGAGCACAUAUGCCUCCCGCGUUACGCGACUCCCGUCGGGCCUGGAGACCGCCACAUCACCUCGAUGCUCAUCGAGGCUUCGCGCGAGCACGCGGCCCAGGCGUUCGACCUGACACCGCCUACGCUCCAGCGCGUUCUAUCUUCCAAAGCCGACCUCCUCGCUUUCCGCCUGUACAACUACAUUGCUGCUUACGGCCCCAUGCCGAUGCAUUGGCACGUCACGAGAUCUUUGGACGACUACCAACAAAUACCGCCGUUUCUGCGCCCACUAGAGAUCCAAAGGAGGAUCCCCCACCGCAUCUGCGCUGGUUUGAUCGUUUGGCCCGACAUGCGACGCUGCCUCGUGCGCGAUGCGCUCUCGGUGAGCCCCGAAGUCGUAGGCACCGAUCUCGUCCGGAACCUCGGCACCACGUGGCACCCACAGCUAUGCGUGUCCGGGGAUCUGACGACGAGCAUGGAUCUGUUCGUCGUACUCGAACGGCAAGCCGCGUCGCUGGAGUUUUGGCGGUGCAGACCGGAGUUCUUCGUAAAAUACCCCCAGUACGCGCACUGCCGGAUGGGCCAGCCCUCGUAGGUCUUUGCAGCCAACACAACGGCAAAGACAUGCCCAUACUGCCGGCCGCUGUGGAGGUUUGGAGAGUUGCCAAAGGCCUUGGUGCAAAAUGGAUUUCGUCACGGCCUCGCUGCAAGUGAAACUCCAAGCCGCCUAUGGACUGAGUCAGGGAGAUCCUUUUCUUCUGCGCGUAUUUGUUUCCUAUCAUUACGCAUCAAUGCCAGAACUGUGCUUCUACAGUAAUUACUUCUUGCAAAUGCGCACUGUAGGAGGGCUGAAUCCACACGCGGCUGUGGAAGCAACACUAAAAUGGCAAGAAAGCUGCAGAUCGUGUUACCAGAAGAAGUUAAACAGGUG